AUGAAGCAUGCAAAUGUGGCUAAGCUUUUUGGUUAUUGUAUAAGAGACAAUCGUCGUUUCUUGGUUGAAGAACAUUGGACGCAGGGAACGCUACACCAAAUUUUGCAUGGUACAGGAAGUUAUGUGAUUAGCUGGACGCAAAGGGUAACAAUUGCAUAUGACGUGGCAAAGGGAUUAGAGUAUUUGCAUUAUCAAAACCGACUUGCGCACAUUGAUUCCAGCAACGUGCUUUUGUUCAGUAACUUCAAAGCAAAGAUUUCAACUGGAUCAUCAGCAAGUGAAAGUUAUUGGGCUCCAGAAUAUAAUGGAAGAGAGGUCACAAUGAAAGGCAACGUGUAUAGCUUCGGGGUUCUUCUAUUUGAGCUUUUUACUGGAAACAAGCCAUCCAAAGGAAUCGUCAACUCAGUCUUGUCAGCAAUGGACAACGUUGGAUCAUUAGUGGACCCAAAGCUUAAUGGAGAAUUUACGUCACGUGAAGCUGAAAAGCUGGCAUUCACAAUGUUAUUGGCUACAAUGGAUCAACCGAGUGAUCGGCCAGAUAUGAACACCAUCGUUGAGUACUUUAAGAAAUUAUUAGCAGUAGAAUGGAUUGAUGACGCAAUACAAACACCUAAAUAUGUCGCUAAUUUACCGUCGGGAUACUGA